UUUUUAAUACGAUAAUAUCUAAAUUUUAUAAUGCUAGCACCAAAUAUUCCAACCACAGGAGCGGAGCUGCUUGAAACCCUACAGCUGUCCGGGCAACAGGAUCUCGAUCUGCAGAUCAAAAACUGGAUAUUGUGGGACCGCAAUGCGGCCACGGUGCAGCAGGUGGUCGACGCCAUCAAGGACAAGGACUGGGACGCAUUGCGCGCCCGUCUCUGCCGCCGCUGUGGCUUCGGCACGGGCGGCAUCCGAUCCGGGAUGCGAGCGGGCUUCGAUUCGAUCAACGAUCUAGUCACCAUUCAAAUGGCCCAGGGCCUCGCCAACUAUUUGGUGGAGAUGCAUCCCAACGUGAAGAAGCGCGAGACUCAGGGCGUCAUCGUCGGCCACGAUGCGCGCUACAACGGCAAACGCUUCUCCCAGCUGAUAGCGGCCGUGCUCUUGAACCAGAACUUUCGGGUGUACCUAUUCAAUCGGAUGGUGCCCACGCCGUUCGUGGCCUUCGGCGUGGUGCAUCUGAAGUGCCUGGCCGGCGUGGCAAUAACAGCCUCUCACAAUCCGAAAACCGAUAACGGCUUCAAGAUCUAUUUCGAUAAUGGAGCGCCCAUCCUAACGCCACACGACAAAAACCUACAGGCAGCGAUGCUGAAGCACCAGGAGCCGCUGGCAUCCUCCUGGGAUCUGUCCAUACUGGAUGAUAACCCACUGCUGUUCGAUCCGUUCCGAGAGGUCUACUCGGCCUAUUUUGAGCAGCUGAAGACUCAGCUACCCUUCUCAUUCAUCGAGACUAACGAGUGCAGUCAACUGCGCUUCAUCUACACCCCGCUCCACGGGGUUGGCUUUCACUACGUCCGUGAGGCGUUCUACCAGGCGCGACUGAAGCCCGUCAUUCCGGUGCUGCAGCAAAAGGACCCAGAUCCCGAAUUUCCCACUCUUCAUUUUCCAAGUCCUCUAGAGGGUCUGGGCUGCUUGAAUUUGGCUAUAAAGAAAGCGGAGGAGGAACAUUGUACCAUCAUUCUGUCUAACGAUCCCGAUGUGGAUCGCUUGGGUGUGGCUGAGCUCGAUCCGAAGGGCAGGUGGAAGAAGUUCAAUGGCAACGAGCUGGGCGCUUUGCUCGGCUGGUGGGCGUUGGAGAAUUACAAGACCAGAACGCCAAAGCCCAAUGUAUCGAACUGUGUCAUGAUAUCCACCGUGGGCAGCUCGAAGAUUCUGGCCGCCAUGGCCAGAGCCGAGGGCUUCACGUUCGUAGAGACCCUGGUGGGCUUCAAGUGGAUGGCCAACAAGGCGCUGGAGUUGGCGGCGAUUGGCAAAACGGUGCUGCUCGCUUUCGAGGAGCCCAUUGGCUUCAUGUUUAACGUGAAAGUACCCGACAAGGACGGCAUUUCCGCCGCCGUCCAGGUGGCCACAAUGGCCUGCUACCUGCGGAGCACUCGCAACGUGACGCUGAUCGAGAAGCUGCGCGAAAUCUACGACACCUAUGGCUAUCAUGCCACCAUUGUCAGCGCGCUGCACUACAGCAAUGUGGAUGAGGUCACCGCCAUCUGCAAUCGCAUGCGCAGCCAUGAGGACAACACCAUGGGCACCUAUCCCAAGUGCAUCCUCAAUGGCGAGUUCGAGGUGCGGUAUGUGCGCGACUUGACGCUGGGCCUGGACACGUCGUUCCCCGACCUGAAGCCACGCCUGAUGAUCAGCGCCAGUCGGCAAUUGCUCACGUUCACCUUCAACAACGGAAUGGUCAUCACGUUCCGCACCAGCAGCAGUGAGCCGAAGCUGCGCUACUACGCAGAGAUGUUCGGCCUGCCCGAGGAGAAGGACUGGGAUGAGCUGCAGGACACUCUGCAGCGCAUGGUGGAUGCCGUCAUCACUGAGUUCGUCAUGCCACCUUAGUCUGCUUGGCUGUGCUAGUGGGACAUAUACAUAUACAUAUACAUACAUGUGUA